UAUCAGCAACAAGUUGGGUUUGUUCAGAGUCGACAGCGCGAAUCCUAGAGAAGUUUUCAGAAAUGCACCUACAAAGGAGAAACUUGGGUUUCAACCAGUUACUGGAUUUCAGGACGCUGUAAGAUUUUUCGAAACCUCAAGACUUGAUGUGUGGAUUAUUUGCUAAUUCAUUCUAGUAUCCUAUUCACCUUGUCAACCUUGCUAGCAUCAGAGAUGUCGAAAGUAAAAUGCCAAAGGAAAAGGGGGCGCCUAGAUUAUCUGCAGGACAAUUCCGUGCCAAUUUAAUCAGUAUGUCAUUCUCAAAACUUUACAGAUUAUCCAUUUCUAAUGCUAAUACUUUCCAGUUACCGGACCUCCAGCUUACCAUGAAGAUGAUUGGCGAAGAAUUAAGAUUGGUUUCUAUGAAUAUGACGUUUCCUGCCGAACAGUACGAUGUAAAAUGCCCAAUGUCGAUCAAGAAACAGGAGUUAGACAUCCAUCCGAACCAGAUAAAACCUUACGAAGCUUUAGAGCUAUUGAUGAAGGAGCCGGUCAAAAUCUUGGUUGUCUUGGUAUGAAUUGGUACCAACCACUAAAACUGGUGCUUUAA